AUGCGUAUCCAGAAAGUGGAUGAUGUGUUUGAACUUGAUUCAUAUCAAUUGGUUGUAUUGGCUUUCAAUGAAUUUUUAAUAUUUACAAUGCUAUCCAAUGUGGUAUUCAAUAUGUUUGGUGCCGCAGCUCCUCGUGUUCCUGGUUGCGAUGAUGUAAUAUAUAAUGCAACGAGUCCAUUUCAACAAUGUGAACAGUAUGAUUUACAUCUGGAUUGUCAAAAACCACUGAUGAAAUAUGAAUUCAAAUCAGUUGCUGUAGAAUUUGAAGAACUUUGUAAUCGUCAUGAGCAGGAUUCGUACAUGGAUUCAGUUACAAAGUUGUUCGGAGUCAACAACAGAGUGAGAUUCUCAACAACAUCUCAGAUGAUUGGAAUUAUGAUUGGAUCAGCUGUCGCUGGUCAACUAUCUGAUUUGUAUGGAAGAAAAAAGAUAACUCUGUUGUUUCUUUGCCUUAUGCUGUUCUUCUCCACGGUUUCCAGUUUUUCCACAACAAUUGAAAUAUUCAUUAUUUUCCGAUUUUUCAUCGGAAUUUGUUGUGGAGGUUUGACGACAGUUGGAUGUAUCUUUGUUGUGGAAAAUCUUCCAUCAGCCCAUCGACUUUGGAUGAGUACUGUAGUCACAUGGGCUCCAAACUACAUGCUUUUUGCUUUGUUUGCUUAUAUAACUGGAGAAUGGAGAUAUCUGGCAAGAAUGUCGAAUGUCAUGACUAUCGUUGCUAUUUUUCUCUGUGCAGUUUUACUCCCCGAAAGUCCGAAAUAUUUAAUUCAAGCUAGAAAAAGGAAGGACGCAGUUGAAAGUAUAAAGUAUAUAAACAAGUUCAAGAAGAUAAGAAAUCAGUUAACCGAUGACGAGAUUGAAUCAGUUGUUCACAAUGCAAUCGAAUCAGAUGCUAAAUCACGAGCGAAAGCGAAAAAAUACAGUUUUAUUCAUCUGUAUAUUCAUCCAAAAAUUACUAUUCAAACUCUCGUUGCAUCGAUUUCAAUGUUUUCUGUGAGCUAUGUGACAUACGGACUUUUGUUCAAUUAUGAUGUACUCACUGGAUCAAUUUACAUGAAUGCAGCUGUUUCUGGUCUUCUUCGUUAUGUUGUUGGAGCAGUUGUUGCAGUUUUAGAUCACUUCGGAGGCCAACAUGUUGGAAGAAAACGAAUGCAUUUUAUUACAGUUUCUUUCAUUAUGUGUUGCAUGUUUGGAAUAUUUUAUAUCUAUUUCAAUGAUAUGGUUCUGGAAUACAAAAGUUGGAUUCGAGCACUGACUCUUCUUGCUUUUGGAACCACUGGAUGUCUCUUCCUUCAACUUUUACUCAUUACUGCUGAAAUGUUUCCAACUGGAAUUCGUAAUAUUGCAUCAGCACAUAUCAAUGUUUGUGGUCGACUUGGUAAUGUUUUUGGACCAAUGGUUUUCAGUUAUAAACUUGGUUUUGCUGGAUCAGGUUACUUAAUACUGGGAAUCAUAUGCCUUCUUGACGUUAUUAUUUUCCAUAUCUUCAUUCCUGAAACUAAAAAUCAACCACUUCCGCAAGGAAUGCCAUCGAAAAAGAAGGAGAGAAAAGACGCAGAAGCACAGAAAACACUUGUGACAAUAUCAGAAGAAGCAGAACUAUGA